AUGGAAGCCGAUCAGUUCAAAGUCCGGAAGCGCAGCCCAAAAGCCUGUAGACGCUGCCAUCGUCGGAAACAAAGAUGCGUGGGGUAUCCGGUAUGCAUGAACUGCGAGGCUGCAAAAUCUUCGUGCACGAGAUCUGAAACCCCUGCUUUCCGACCUGCAUCUGAAAGAUACCAUGGAUUAUCAAAGGAUGCUCUGUUUGACCGCAUCGAGGAACUGGAAGCCCAAUUAGACGCAAUAUCCAAAUCCAAACCAUCCCAGGCGCUAAUUCCAUGUCCCCAAUCAGAAAGCCCAAAGCAACUUCCUUUUGAUAACGUACCCGACGUUGGCCAUUUAUUCGAUGUGAUGGAGUAUCUGACAACGGGGCAAGUAUCGGGCCAAACACCCAUAAGAACCUUUUCAUCCUUGGGGAGCCUGAUCGCCAAAGAAAUGGACCAGAUCUUCGAAGAUACGGUCUUAGCAAGCGGCCAUUUGGAAAAUACCGACAUAGAGCAUGAACCAGUGUCCACCGAUGACAACCAGCCAGCCACGCCGACCGAUAAUGAGGGCUUGAAGUACAUCCAAAUUUACAUGGAGACCAUGCACAAUCAUAUGCCAUACCUGGACAGCGAAGAGAUAUUCCGGAUGCACGACCAAAGACUUCGACCGAUUCUACCGACACGUUUGGCGCGUUGGAAGUUUUCUAAACUAUUCAUGGUUUAUGCUAUUGGGGCUGCGACUUACAGAGUCACAGAAACCCAGCCCAGUAUUUCGGCCAAUGAUCUCUUCCGCACAGCAUUGCGCCUGAAACCUUCGGUUACUGAACUUCGUUCCCUUCAAAAUAUCGAGGCAAUGAUGCUACUGAUCAUGUAUAACCUACGGAUCCCGAAUAGUUCCAAUAUUUGGUAUAUGAUAGGCCUGGCCAUGCGAACGGCCAUCGAUCUUGGCCUGCACCGAGAAGAAAACUAUCAUCAAUUGAAGCCCGAUGAGGCCCAGAGCAGGCGACGUGUGUUUUGGAGUGUCUAUGUCAUGGAUCGAAGUAUUGCGCGGCUCCUUGAUCGACCUUUCAACAUUGCGGAGCAUGACAUUGAUGUUGGAUUACCUUUCGAUAACCAAGAACCUCAUCCUAUAUACUCCAAUGAGAGUGCGAGCUUGGGAACCAGCAUAGCGGCGUUCAUUCCCGUCAUCCGACUGACCCGUCUAAAGUCCCAGAUUCAAACCAGAGUGCAUAGAGUUGACAAAGAAAUUUCAUUGUUGAUGCCCGAGAUCAGUCCUUUGUUCUCUGCCCUGGAAGAAUACAAAAAAUCCCUCCAGUCCGAUCUCUCCCCUACCGAUCGGGAUUGGAUCAACAUGCAUUGGAAUAAUGGCAUUUUGAUUCUGAUUCAGCCCUUCCUGCAGGAACUUCCCUCGGACCAUGAACUGAUUCGUACUUGCAUGAGGGCAUCUGGGCAAACGUGCCAGGUGUUUAAAUCACUGCAUCAAAAGGGGUAUAUUGGAUUUGGAUAUUUUCUUGUCAGCACCUUGUUCAAAGCUGGGCUUACAUUAUGGUCGGUUUCUUUUACCCUGAAACUCUAUACGCUUCAAUCUUCACAGCCUUGCUCAAUUGAUGUAGCAAAUGAUCUGGGUGCUUGUUCCUCAGUCUUGUUUGCUGUUGCAGAGCGUAACAAGGAACUGGAAAAAUAUCGUGAUACCUGGGAAGCCAUCUUAGCGAAAGUCAUGGAACAUCUUCAGCAAGUAUCUCUUUCCCACCAAUCACUUCAAAAUAUCAUAAGGCAGCCCGCUCUGUCAUACCCCUUCGCCUCGUCAUCUAUGGGCAAUUUUGGUACUCAUUCAUGCCUCAGUGGCGCUGAACUCACGUUUCUAAAUAAUUUGGAUUUGUCUUCAAAUAUAUUGUGCCAGGGUGAAUUGGGCAUCCAAGGAUCAUUCCCUUCGAAUCAACGCGGAUUGCUUAGUACACCUAAGCAUCUUUAUCCUGAGUGGCAAGAAGACACAAUGUCACUCCUUGGAUUUGAUGAUAUCUCCAAGUUUGAUGAGAUAAUAUCUGGAACCAUGUCAGAGCAGAGGAAAUGCGAGACGCGUGUCUUUGAUGAAUAA